CCCUACUUCCCCCCGGCCCCCUCACCCACUUCCCAUUUCCCCCCCUACUUCCUUCCUCCUUCCACCCCUUUUUCCUCUUCCAGCUACAUGAGAGGCCGACUGACCCUGGCCCAAAUCAACACCACCCUCCAAGCCCUCCACGCCGCCGCCGCCUCCAAAUACAAAAUCCUCCACCAAAACCCCAAAUCGAUGCCCACCGCCGUCUGUUCCCUCUACCAUCGCUUCCAGGAAGAGGAGACCAAAGAAACCAAAGGUGAGAUUUUCGUGGUGGAGGCCGAUCUCAAGGAAUUCACCCAGCUGAAGAUGGAUAAGAGAUUCCACACCAUUCUCAACGUCCUCCGCCAUUGCCAACGGGUUCGGGAGGUGCGGGGGGGCCGGCUGGUUCGUUAUGUCCUUUGUUAAUGAGCUGCGAUUAAUUAGCAUCUCUAGAAGUCAUUAAAUAAUUAGCAUCAGCACUUCA